AUGGCUCCGGAGGUCCGGUUCUCCUGGCUCUGCUGCAUACUGGUCCUACUGGGACUCCCUGGCGCUCGGACCUCGUUCCCCCGCGGGAGCCCGGACUGCGGUCCGGGGAAGUCCGCCGACUGUCCUCCAGACCUGUCGGACAAGAAGAGCGACCUGCGUGUUUGUGAAGCCGGGACGUGUCGUUUCGGAGGAACGUGCCGUGAGAACGUUGACAACAUCAAGUGCGUCUGUCAGUUCCGCUGCAGUACGAAGUACGUCCCCGUCUGCGGCUCCAACGGAGACACGUACCAGAACGAGUGCUUCCUGAGGAGAGCCGCCUGCAAGAAGCAGAGGGCCAUCAGCAUUGUGUCGGAGAGAGCCUGUUACCAUGACGGGGGUUCUGGAUCCGGAGACGGAGAUGAUGAAGGCUCCGGUCGAGGAAAGAAGGUCUCCAAAUGUAGGAACUGCAGGUUUGGAGCCGAAUGUGACGAAGACUCUGAGGACCUGCUCUGCAUGUGUAACAUCCUGUGUAAUGGACACAACGACAACCCGGUGUGCGGCAGCGACGGCGUCACCUACGACACGCCGUGCCACGUCCGCGAGGCGUCCUGCCACAAACAGCUGAAGAUCGACAUCAAACACGUGGGCCGUUGCCAAGAUAAAACCAGGAAGGACGACGGCUCCAAGUCCAAACCGGACAUCUAUGCCGUGUCGAAGCCUGACGAGGGGGACGGGUCUGUGGAGGACCCUGAACCCUGUCCCGAGGACUACGCGGAGUUCUGUGAACACGGACAGUGUGAGCUGAGACACAAACUGCCCACGUGCAGGUGCGAGGCUGCGUACGGCGGCCCUCAGUGUGACCAGCUCCUGGACUUUAACAUCCUCUACGUGGUCCCCAGCGGUCAGAAGCUGCACUACGUUCUCAUCGCCGCCAUCAUCGGAGCGGUUCAGAUCGCCGUCAUCGUCGCCGUGGUGAUGUGCUUCACCAGGAGGUGCAACAAGUCGAAGCGUGGCCGCAGGCAGAAGCAGCACCUGGGACACUUCCCGUCGGGGACAUCGUCUCGGAUGAUGUAGUCCUCCGUCCUCAUGGUGUUUUUAUAGAACCGUCUCAGUUUUGGUACCGCAGACAGACUGCAGUUUUAUAAUCCAAGUUUGGUGCCUCUUUAUUAUUUCUCCCUUUUUCUAAAUGUAUCAUUUGUUACUUAAAGAGGCCUUAUUUUCACACGCCCCUCAGGUUCUGUUUUGUUUUUGUGGACCUGCUGCCGUCCUCUCCGACUCCGAACACUGUGGAUCCAACAGGAAGCAGAACCUUUAUUUAUCUGAUUGUAUCAUGUCUUUGCACCGUCCACAGCUGGACUCGCACGUCUCCGUCCUCACCCUGAGAGACGAACACAGACUCAGAUUUUUUCGAGUUUCUUUGGUUUUCCUCCAGAAUCGUGUUUCAGACGUCGUGCGGCAUCAAGUUAGAGCAAACGCCGAGGAGGGAAAUCUCAGAUGAGGGAGUUUAAAAUGUUACCAACUUGUAUUUCUGCCUGUAAAAACAGUUUUGACUCGUCAUUUAAAAGCUGAAUUUAUUCGAGGCUUUAGUUUCAGCUGCUUCUGUUUUUUUUUUCCAGGGAUGCUCCGUCU